AUGACAGUCCAUGUUUGGCUGGGUGUGGUGGAUUUUGAUGACUCAGGUGCGUUUAGGGUGCUCAACGACGCGGACGAUCAGGGUUCUGGUGUUGAAGAAAAUCGUCGCUCUGGCAUCACAGUGAUUCCACAACUUUAUAUCCACGAUAAAGGUCUGGAGCUGCUAUUCUUCAUUCGAGGAGUCAACGUACUCGUGGACCCAUCCGUCGGAGAUGGGACACUUAGCAGCACUGUCAGGAACGCAGUCAACUUGGUUAGAACCAUCCGACAACCCCCAAGACCCCUCUUUGAACUGCUCUGGGACUUCCACCGUGCCGAAUGUUUAGAUCUCAGGGACCGGCUGUUUUCCUUAUAUGGCUUGGUAUGCAAUCGCAAUCGCGAUAUGCAUGUCCUCCCCGAAGUCGAUUAUAGCCAACACUGGACGCACACAUAUCAGUUAGCUGCAGUCACUGUCCUCAUGCGCGGUGCUUGCAUGAUCGUGGAACAUCUCGAUAACUUCCUGGAAAUUGCCAUUGAAGGUCACCAAAUGAUAAACCUUUUCAAUCAGGUUCAUGGAUUUGGAAGUCUUUCGGACCUGGACCACAGUCUGCCGUUCUGGGUUCCUAACUGGCCCCACUCAAGACUUGAUAUUCAAAAUCCCUCUAAUAACAUGGUACCAAAGACUUCAAACCCAGGGUGCAGAUUCAAAUGGCUCAACCCAAAUAAAUACUCCAUCCUGGAGGAAGGGCAUUAUGGGAUCCAAGUCCCAUGGAAUCGCAACCAUAUCAGCCCAAUAAAGUGCGUCUCCAAUCUAUGGCCUAUAGACCAGUCACUGUAUGGAGCCAGAAUCUUGAAGAGGGAUUGA